UAUAUACAUACAUAUACAUUUCACAUUGCGCGCGCUCUCUCUGUCUCUCUCUCUCUCUCUGAUUUUUCAUAAUACAUAUAUAUGUGAAAUUGGGUUUUGUUUGUGUGGUCCGGUUGCAUGUUACUUGCAAUUUGUUGGUGGGGUAUUAAUGGCGGCGAAGAAGGUGUGCGAGACGACGUCGUCGUGGUCGUCGAAGAAGCUGAUGGAAGAGGUGCAGCGAUGGAGUGGUAUGAAGCCCAAGGGGGUGAGCCUCAGGUACAUGAUGGAGUUCGGGUCCACACCCACCCACCGCAAUUUGCUCAUUUCUGCUCAAUUCCUUCAUAACCAGCUCCCUAUUAGGCUUGCUCGCAGAGCCAUGGACCUCCACUCCCUCCCUUUUGGCUUAUCCCUAAAGCCUGCUGUUCUCCAGGUGCGAGAUUGGUAUCUAGAUUCUUUCCGUGACCUUAGGUCCUUUCCUGAGAUCAAGGACACAAACGAUGAGCUGGAAUUCACUCAAAUGCUUAAGAUGAUUAAGGUGAGACACAAUAAUGUUGUUCCCACAAUGGCUUUGGGGGUUCAACAGCUGAAGAAAAGCCUGGAUCCGAAGAUUGAUUAUGAGGAUCUGGAUGAGAUCCAGCAGUUCCUGGAUCGCUUCUACAUGUCAAGAAUCGGGAUUCGUAUGCUUAUUGGUCAGCAUGUGGCAUUGCAUGAUACCAACCCUCCCCCUGAUUGUGUGGGUUAUAUACAUACAAAAAUGUCUCCUGUGGAGGUAGCAAGAUGUGCCAGUGAGGAUGCCCGUGCAAUUUGUUUGCGAGAAUAUGGUAGUGCACCUGACGUUAAUAUUUACGGGGAUCCUAGUUUUACAUUCCCGUAUGUUCCAAUACAUUUACAUAUGAUGGUUUUUGAGUUGGUUAAGAACUCCUUGCGUGCUGUCGAGGAGCGGUUUAUGGACUCAGACAAAGUUGCACCUCCUAUUCGACUAAUAGUCGCUGAUGGAAUAGAGGAUGUUACCAUCAAGGUCUCAGAUGAAGGAGGGGGAAUACCAAGAAGUGGUCUCCCAAAAAUUUUUACAUAUCUUUACAGUACUGCCAAAAAUCCCAUGGAUGAGCGGUCAGAACUUGGAACAGCCAAUGUGGCAACAAUGGCUGGUUAUGGAUAUGGGAUUCCAAUAAGCCGCUUAUAUGCAAGAUAUUUUGGAGGGGAUCUGCAAACCAUCUCCAUGGAAGGAUAUGGGACAGAUGCAUAUCUUCAUUUGUCUCGCUUGGGAGAUUCACAAGAACCUCUGCCAUGAACCAAGGCUGUGGCUACAAACUAGAACAUUCAUAGAGGGUAUCUUAAACCAACAUUGUGUAAAUAGGUAAAUGAGGGAAAAUUUUGCACCCAUUGUUUAAGGAACAAUUGUCAAUUCAUAAUUGUCCUUUAAGUUCAGCCAGUUUCCUGGUCAUAUAUUUUGUGUUCUUCUUUGUUUCACAUACUGGUGUGAAAUGUGAAGUGGCCAUCAAUCUCUCUCUCUCUCUCA